AUGCAACUUGCAUUGAUGACUCAAUGCAACAUGAAACGGAUGAAGGUUGCGUACACGCACCCCACCUUCGAAGGUUACAACGGUGACAAUUCAAGGAUGAACGAUGGUAUGCAGAACCCUGGGUUGCAUGGUCCUGCAGGUCCUGUCCACUUUGCACCCAGUGAUCCCAGUGAUCCCAGUGCAUCAUACCCGCACCAAGUAGGGCACUCGCCCAGAGACUUUUCCAGUUCUGCAAUGAGAGACGGUAUGCAGAACGCUGCGAUGCAUGGUCAGAAUCGCUUUGGUGCCGGCAGUCCCCCAUACUCGCAACAGCCGAACUUCCAAGAACAAGCGCCCCUAGGAGAGCCGAAGCCACGGCAACUCCAAGUGAUGGAGGAGCCUGGGUCUUUAGAUGCUUGGGAAGCAGCAUCGUUUGAAUCUGAGAUUUCCAGUUUGGAGGUUCAAAGGAUUUCAAAGGAGGCUUCCCCCGAUCCCAAUGAGGCCUAUUACGAACGAGCCUGUUGA